CGCAGUAAUACCUACACAUCAGCACGAUAAGAAAAUGGCCGAUCUUACAUGGACCAGCAAUGGAACAUUACCCUGCGUGUGCGGGGCUCCAUCUUCGUGCAUUACAUGCGAUUACCUACAUGGACCCCUAAUCCUUCACAGGUAAGACGAGCAGUAAAUGCAUGGAUAUAAUACCGCCCGUGCCCUCAAACCGCCGAAUCGAUUUCUUGACCACUGAAAGCACACACGGUCACUACGACAAAAUGGAGGAUCUCAGUCUGCCGCGCAUUCUCUGCAUCCACGGCGCGGGCGUCAAUGCCCAAGUCUUCGAAAUCCAAUGCCGAGCCAUCAUGGGCAAGCUCAAGGACAAGUUUCGAUUCGUCUUUGUCGAUGGCCACAUGGAGGAAGAAGCGCACCCGGCUGUGGCCACAAUCUUCGCCGAGCUCGCGCCAUUUAAGCGGUGGCUGGCCUACAGAGACGCCCAUGAGGAGAUGGACCCCGUGAUUGCGUCCCAGAAUAUGGCGAAGCAACUCCAAGACGCAAUAGAUCAGGACAAGGGCACCGGCGAAUGGGCAGGAUUGAUAGGCUUCUCCCAGGGCGGCGUCAUCUCGUCGAGUCUUCUCUGGGCUCAGGAUCACAUUGAAGACGAUUCCAAGAGGCCGCUGCCGGGAAUCAAGUUCCGUUUCGCCGUCAUCAUGCACGCUCCCGGGCCCAUCAUACACAUUGAUCGCACAGGCACACUUACCAAGCCGCGACACUUGAUCCACGCCGGCGAGAGAAUGUCGUACGACUACGCCGAUUGGCCUGAAGAGGACACGACAGACGAAACGCACAUGGUACUGACGCCGACGCUGCACAUUCAUGGGCUACAAGACCCGGCACUUUUCAACCACAGGAAGCUGUACCAGUAUAGCAAGAAGGGGACGGCGAAACUAUUUGAGUGGGAUGGAGGCCACCGACUACCGAUCAGUCGGGGAGACGUGGAGCGUACCGUCAACAUGAUCUUGCAGUUGGCCGAGAGGACAGGCAUGGAGUUUUACUAUGACGAUGCAUGGUAGUGAACACCAGCAGAAAAUAAGACAGGGGAACAUGGAAUUGGCGCAAGGCAAAGGGACGGGGAGAAAAUUGGGCUUUUUUGAUCAAUGUAGCCGGCGAUUUAUUUACGUUUGAACAAGGCACCGCACUUAUACGCACUGGGCUUUUUAGCUAUGGCGUGCGGAAUGAAGACACCAUUUGAUUAGGCCAAAGAUAUAUAAAUAGAUAGGGAGCAAAGAAUUUAGAAAGGAUACAUAUAUGGGAAAAUUGAUGCUUCUGUUCUAUCCAAGCAGGAAUAC